UGCUCCGGGGGGGAUUGUCCCUGUAAUAAGUGCACUGUAAGUCGCUUUGGAUAAAAGCGUCUGCCAAAUGCAUAAAUGUAAAUGUAAAUAGUUAGAAUGUUUUCCAGUCUCUAGCCAAUAGGCGUCUGACAGACUCUUAUAAAUACUGUAACUGGAUAACGAUAGUCUAUUAUUUCUUUCUGCAUAUUUACAGCUUUUUAUAAGUAUUGAAAAUGAGCGGCAGAGGUAAAACUGGUGGGAAAGCGCGAGCAAAGGCUAAAACUCGUUCCUCCAGGGCAGGACUGCAGUUCCCCGUCGGUCGUGUUCACAGGCUGCUCCGCAAAGGAAACUACGCACAGCGCGUUGGUGCCGGUGCUCCUGUUUAUCUGGCCGCUGUGCUCGAGUAUCUCACCGCUGAAAUCCUGGAGUUGGCUGGAAACGCCGCUCGGGACAACAAGAAGACUCGUAUCAUUCCCCGUCACCUGCAACUGGCAGUGCGGAACGACGAGGAGUUGAACAAACUCUUGGGUGGAGUGACCAUCGCUCAGGGUGGUGUGCUGCCCAACAUCCAGGCUGUGCUGCUGCCCAAGAAGACCGAGAAACCCGCCAAGAAGUAA